AUGAAAGCAAGUAAGUAUUUCUGGACCACUAAGAGAACGGUGGACCUUGGAGAAGGCAAGGUAUCCCACUCAUUCAUGGUGAUUCCUGAGUGCCCCUAUCCAUUGUUGGGCAGAGACUUAUUAACAAAACUGGGUGCCCAAAUUCACUUAGAUCCAGGGGGUGCUAAAGUCCUCAGUAAGUCUGGACACCCUAUACGUGUCCUCACUGUCAGCUUGGAAGAUGAGUACCGACUGCACCAGCUCCCACAAGACCCCCCCCCCAUACCGGACAUGGCACAAUGGCUGGCUGAAUUCCCCAGCACAUGGGCGGAAACUGGGGGAGGUGGUAUUGAUGCACAUCAGUCAUCAGUAUUCAUAGAACUUAAACCAGGGGCAGACCCAGUCCGAGUGUGCCAAUAUCCCAUGUCCCUAGAGGCCCGAGCUGGCAUCAUCCCUCAUAUUUGCUGGCUGCUGGAGCAGGGAACAUUGGGGCCUUGCCAGUCACCUUGGAAAAUGCCACUCCUGCCUGUUAAAAAGCCUCACUCCAAUGAUUAUCAACCUGUGCAGGACUUGAGAGAAGUCAAUAAGAGAGUAAUAGACUUUCACCCAACAGUGCCCAACCCAUAUACUCUCUUUAGCUCUGUGCUUCCAACUCAUCAUUGGUGCACUGUCCUAGACCUAAAAGAUGCCUCCUUUAGCCUUCCUCUAGCACCUAAGAGCCAAGAAUUCUUCACCUUCAAGUGGUCAGACCCCGAGCGUGGAUUCAAUGGACAAUUAACUUGGAAAUGCUUGCCUCAGGGCUUCAAAAACUCGCCUACUAUCUUCGAUGAAGCCUUGCGUGAAGAUUUGGGUGAGUUUCGAGCCAUGCACCCUGAAAUUGUAUUGUUACAGUACAUAGACAACCUGCUAGUAGCAGCCAAAACCCAGCAGGACUAUCUACAGGGCACUUGUGCUCUGCUCAACACCCUUAGAAGCCUUGGAUACAAGGCCUCAGCCAAAAAGGCCCAAAUUUGUCAGCUAAAGGUAAGAUACCUGGGGUACGAGCUUGAAGGCAGACAGUGCUGGCUGACUGCUGCCAGGAAGGAGACCGUGCUAAAAAUCCCUAGGCCUUCCUCUCCAAAACAGGUGACAGAAUUCCUGGGAUCUGUGGGCUUUGGCCGGUUAUGGAUUCCUGGGUUUGUGGAAUUGGCUAUGCCCCUCUAUGAAGCGACCAAAGAAAGCCAGGGCACAUUCGUCUGGACAAAGCGAAUGGAACAAUCUUUUAACCAAAUCAAAACUGCUUUCUUCUUGACACCAGCCCUUGGUUUGCCCAAUGUAACUAAACCAUUCCACUUGUUUGCGGGUGAAAAUAAGAUUAUUGCAAAUGGAGUCCUAGUCCAACCCUUAGAACCCUGGAAAAGGCCUGUAGCCUAUCUUUUUUUAAAAAAAUUAGAUUCUGUUGCAGCAGGUUGGCUUCCCUGUCUCUGAAUAAUUGCAGCCACCACCCUUAUGAUCAAGGACGCUAAUAAAUUGACCUUAGGGCAAGAACUUUACCUCUCUACCCUUCACGCAAUUGAGGGAAUUAUUUGGCAGCCCCCCAAACAAUGGCGAAGCAAUGCCCACCUUGUUCAUUAUCAGUGUCUCUUACUAAACCCUGCGACCUUGCUGCCAGAUCCAGCCCUUGACACUCCCCUCCACAACUACACUGAAAUCCUCACACAGGUUCAUGGAGGCCGACCUGACUUGAGAGAUCAGUCCUUGCCAGAUGCAGAAAUGACCUGGUGUCUGGAUGGGAGCAGUUUUGUGUUGAAGGGACUGAGGUAUGUGGGGGCAUCAGUGGUGUCAGAGCGGGAGAUUUUAUGGGCAGAGCCUCUACCAGUGGGGUCAUCAGCCCAGAAGGUUGAACUGAUAGCCUUAACCAAAGCUUUAACCCUGGGCAAAGACAAAAAGGUCAAUUCAUACACCAACAGUCGCUAUGCCUUUGCAACCACUCACAUACACAGGGCCAUAUACCAGGAACGAGGCCUCUUGACUGCAGAAGGAAAAACUAUAAAAACCAAGACCGAAAUCUUGGCACUGUUGGCUGCCAUUUGGUUCCCCAAAAAGCUGGCCAUCAUUCAUUGUCCUGGUCACCAAAAGGGCAAUUCCCCAGUCACCAGGGGUAAUAACCUGGCCAACUACAUGGCCAGGGAUGUAGCCCUAAAAGUAAUAGUUUUUGUGGCCCAGACACCAGACCCUGGUGGCCUAGUCCUCCCUGACCAACCCCAGUAUACACUGGAAGACCUUACAUGGAUAAAGGGCCUGCCCUCAGCCUACAAUCUCCACAGAUGGUGGAAGUCUCAAGAUAAUAAAGUGAUCCUCCCAGAGGCCCUCAGUGACCAAAUCUUAUCUAAAAUCCACCGAACCCACAUGGGCACUAGAAAGAUGCAAGAACUCCUUCAACAUGCUCACAUUCUCAUAAAAGGCACCAACUCAACGACUAAAACUAUUGUGCACCACUGCAAUGCCUGUUGGUUGACCAACAUUUCCAAACCCCAGAGACAGCCUGGCUCAUGA